AAAACAAACUAGCUGCAGCUAAAACUUACUUGAUCUUUCGCACAAACUCAGAUAUUGAUUGCCAUCAAUUCAAAAAAAUUGUGGUGCCGGAACUGAAGCAGCAAUCAUCCCUUUAGAAACUGAAGACAGUACACACUAUCCAUCAACAAACAAGCAAACAGCAUGAAACUUGGCAACGCCACGAACCUUGGAGUUGCCGUUCUCUUGGGCAUCUUAGCAAGCUCGAAGACCGUCAAUGCUGGCGUAUAUAGCGUUGCCGUUGCCUUUCCUCCCAAGGAAGGUGAAAGUGAGUGCUCGAGUGAUGAGAUAGAUGCUCUCGAGUGGAUUGCUAUCAAUGCUGUUGCGGGAUCUGGCUAUCCGGGCCUUCGAGACGCGUCCUCGUGGGAACAAAUCACAGAGCCAAGAGGAAACAGCGAAUUUGGCUUGGAACAAGGCAAUGCAAAUGGCAACGGCAACGGACGUGGAAAUAGCAGAGGCCUGAUGAUCCAAGACCAGUCCCACCGCCAUCUCCCUGAAGACUGUGACUGCCAGCACUUGUGCCAAACCAUGCAGCAGUACUGCUUCUGCUGCACCUGUUGCAAUAGACGAAGACUUCGCGCCGACAGUCACCGAGAGCUCGUGGCAGCCAUUGCCGAAAUCAAGAGUAAAGGACAGCGUGGUGUGAGAGACGCAGGAAUCUCAUGUGUGGACGAAAAUGGAAUGGAGGUUGUCUUAGAGGAGGUUUGAGCUGCCUGCUUGCACGCGAGAAGAAAGCUGCCCUUCAUUGGUGCGCUUGAGCAAUUGGAAGCAGCCAAGAGACAUGGAACUUGAAAGAUGAAACACCUAAACCUUUGUAUUCGUAGAAAAUAGACUACAUAAGCACAAGCAAGGUACUUGCUCUACAGGACCUAUGUAGCAACCCUCCGACAAAGACAGCCGGUGUAGCUAUUUUGUACAUCUGCAGGGGCAUGUACCAGCUGGUACCGGUAGGAACCAAGUUCUUCCAUGGGCUUUGGCUGACAGCCCCCGAGGCCAAAGGGAAGCGCUCACUUCUGCUUGAAG